AUGGGUCGCUUUGAUGCAGCUAGGACAGGUUCAAGGCCUAUAAAAUUAGUUUUUCCGGCGAGACAUUUUCAGUGGCAUUGUCUUCAUGGUUGGAAAAAAGAACGAAUCAAAUUGCGUGGAAUGGACAAAUAUUCAAGACUCUGGAUCCGGCCCUCCCUGACACCGUUACAAUUACAAGCUGAAAAGAAUCGAAGAAUGGCCAAUAAUUUGGAACACAUUGGGAAACAGAUGGAAGACAAUAAUCAAAAAAACUCGGUUUGA